AGGGGAAGAAGUAUAUCAAAUCUAGGAUGGAACGCUCCCUUCAGCCCAGCUGAUCAACACAUCGUCGCCAUCGAACAUCUUCCCUCAUCGCUCCUGUAGCGGCCCGUCCAUCGCCGUCAACAGCGUAGUCCUCUUCCGCGGCACGUUGUCUAUUGACCCUGCACGUUGGAAGGAAAACACUCCUAUUGCUGCCUUUCCGACUCACUACUCAGCUAGGUCUCAACCUUUGUUGUGCUAAUGGCUGCUGCAGAAAUAUCUGCUGUAAACUGAAAGAAAUGGAAAUUGUAGAUUUCGCCAAUUGUACACUUGUGAUAUAGUCUCUCGUUUUUGUUACGAUUGAGUGAUGGAAGGACGUAAAAGAAACCCCUUAAAGAGACGUUCUAGCCCUCAAUUUAAGAAAAAAGGUGGCCCUAAAAGGGGGAAGUCGAAUAACCACCUUCCGGGGCGAGCUUCGGAAAACUCAAAUGCAUCUGACACUGUUUAUCGCAUUCUUUGUGAAUCGAGAAGGAUUGGCAGUGUAAUUGGAAAAGGUGGUACUAUAAUCAAAGCCUUGAGAGAAGAGACUCAAGCAAAGAUCACAGUUGAAGACUCUGUACCUGGUUCAGAUGAAAGAGUGGUAAUUGUCUCUAGUUCUUCGGCAAAACCAGCAAACAUUAGAAACACUGAUGAUAUGAAUCCAACAAGUGAGGGAGGAGAUGUUGCGGCCAUGCAGCCCCACUGUGCUGCUCAAGAUGCACUUAUGAAAAUACAGGACCGGAUUAUUGAGGAAGACUUGGCUUGGGAAGCAAAUGAAGACGAUGAUGAAAUUGAAGUCACUACACGCCUUCUUGUUCCAAACAAUUUAGUUGGUUGCAUUUUAGGUAGAAAAGGAGAUGUUAUUCAAAGGUUAAGAACUGAAAUCGGUGCGAAUAUUCGUGUUCUUCCUGCUGAGAGUCUUCCUGCAUGUGCAAUGACUACCGAUGAGUUGGUUCAAGUGUCUGGUGAACCUGAUCUGGUUAAGAGAGCUCUUUACGAAAUAUCAACACUGUUGCAUCAAAAUCCACGCAAAGACAAACCUCCCUCAGGUUAUCCAGUGGGUCACAGUGGUCAAGCUUUUAGAUAUUCUGACCCUCCAAUGGGGAGUAUGCUGGACUACAGAAAUAUGUUAGACCACAGAGAUCCAUUUUGGCCUAGACAUAACCAUAAUUUGAAUGGUAUGCCACGUCUGCCACCGGUUGGGGCAUAUGAGAGCCAUCCUUCUAGAUAUAGAGUUGAUAGUUUCGAUGCCAAUCCUCCCCCAGGCGUUGGAGAAGUCCCGGCCGAGUUUAUGAUGAAAAUUCUAUGUCUGGAUUCAAAGAUUGGAGGGGUUAUUGGAAAGGGAGGAGGUAACGUGAGACAACUGCAGCAAGAGACAGGGGCAAGUAUUCACGUUGAGGAAUUGUUGGCUGAUUCUGAUGAAAGAGUAAUUCGUAUCUCAUCGAUCGAGGCUCUUUGGGACCCUAGAUCUCAAACUAUUGAAGCAAUCCUUCAACUUCAGAAUCUAACUAGUGGAUUCUCUGACAAGGGGAUUAUCACGACAAGGCUUCUUGUCCCCUCAAGUAAGGUUGGGUGCAUUAUUGGACAAGGAGGCCUAGUUAUAAAUGAUAUGAGGAGGAGGACUAAGGCAGACAUUCGUGUUGUCUCAAAGGAUGAAAAACCAAAAUGUGCCUCGAAGGAUGAAGAACUUGUGCAGGUUUCGGGAACUGUUGGUUGUGCUAAAGAAGCUUUGGCUGAGAUUGCUUCAAGACUUAGAACAAGAUUCCUUUCUAAUGCAAAAGGGGAACCUGCUCCCUCAAGGGCAGCCCCAGCAUUUGGUCCUGCUGUUGACUUCCCUGGUCCCAGUCUACCUGCACCUAGUCCCUUAGGUGCUGGCAGAUCUUCUAGUAGAUUCGACUACUUUAAGGGUGAUGUUGCUCGUGACUACGGCCCUCCUUCGUAUCCAGGUCAUCCAAACCCGAUAAGAUAUCCAAAUACAAGUAAUCCUACAGAGCCGAAGAUUCCAACCAGUGCCAUGGGUGCUGUAAUUAGUACAGGAUGGGGCAAUACCAGUGAGCUUGAUGCCCCAAGGAUGAAUCUUGCUGAACCUUCUUUUGGUGGGCAUGAACAUGUUAAUGAAAUUCACAGACCCGUGGAACAGCAGCAUUGGAGUCCUCAAGCAUAUGUUUCCUCUUCUGUUCCAUCCGUCAAUGCUCAGCAAGAGGCCUAUCACCAAAGCUAUAAUAAUGUCCAGCUUGGGACCACCCACCCCCAAUACACUCCUUCAGAAAUGCACUACCAAAAUAUGAAUCCAUAUGAAGCUCUUCCUUACCAAAACAACCAUGCACCACAAGUGGCAAUGUCGUACCCUCCCAACCUGCCACAGGGUUCUUCCGGUUUUGAUCUCAAAUAGUAAGGUACACUGUUGUUUUCCUAUGGCUGUGACAUUAAUUGCUCUCUAACAUUAGAGAGAGAGAGAGAUAGGUGAUGUUUGUAGAUGAAAGGUUAUGUGUGUUUGUGUCUGCACUCUUCACAAGCUUACUAAUUUAAUGACGGGUUAUCAAACUUGUUCAGAGAUGUUCUUUUGUAGUAUCAACUGUGCGCUAUUUAAAUCUCCGUGAUAUAAUUACUCGGUUUGACUCCAGCUCAUAUUAUUAUUAUUAUGGAGUAGUAUAUUUGUAUAAGAAGAGAAGAUGAAGAUGGAGGGGAUAAUUUCUUGUUCCCUGGUUUCCAUCUUUUCCAGUUCCUAAUUUCUGGUUCAAAUUUCACCUUUCACAUUCCCUAAUGUUUUUGGCCUACUGCUCAAGAUCUAGGUGAAUCGUAUUAUAACUGCAGCAUGUUGGCUAUUUUUAUGGCU